UUUUAACACACCAAAAAUGUGGAUAUAUUAAGCUUAGCCGACAGCCGGGGAUGGAAAAAUUAGACAUUUUUGUUGCAACUUUUAAUUCCAAAUAACUCGAUUUUUUGCUUUACGUUUUACACACAAACAAGUAGAUUUUCAGAAUGACCGACCAGGAAACUGUCCAAGACAAGCACGAGUUCCGGUACUCAAUUACAAACAACAUCUCGUAUAUGUAUCAAGUGUACUGCUCAUACAUGCUAGUAUACAAGAACUCCGAGCUUUGUAAAGACUUUUUGACCCCAGAGACUUUGCAGUCAAGCUUAACCGCGCUAGUUCGCAAGCACUACCAGCCCAUUUCCGGCUGGUUCAACAUUAAUAGCGACGAAAUCGACGUGGUAUUCCGCAACGACAAGUUCAAUGACCCGCCAUUUGAAACUCAAGUGCUCCCGAUGAAUUAUGAGGAGAUCAUGGAACGUGUGCAUGCCAGCGACAUAGAACUUUUGGUGCCCAAGGGGCCAUCGGGUCUCAUAUCAAAAGAUAACCAGGUCAUUCCGAUGGUUCUGGUCAAGGCUACAUACCUUGAAUCCAACGAGGCCGUGGUGAUCGGCAUCACAUACCACCACUCGCUCAUGGACGGUUCCACAUUUUGGCUAUUCAUGUAUAACUGGGCCAACCUGUGCAAGCAAAUGAUCAGCGGUGAGAACAGAAACAUCGAUGAGUACACAUUGCCGUGCCCGCCGUCCUUUGGGUUCCCGAGCAUCAACCAUUUGCACGAACCAAACACGACAUUCAAUCACAAUGAGUACACGUUGGUUGACGCAGCAAAGUGCCUCCGGGAAUUUAUACCUGGUAACGACAUUAUAAAGGAAAGCAUUCUCCAUAUUUCCAUAGAGCAGCAGAGGGAGAUCCGUGUCUUGGCAAAGCAGCAUGGCGUUUCGUUUACUUCCAUGCUUUGUGCCAUGUUUUGGAGAGAAACCAGCAUUCUCCGGCUCGCCGCCAAGCCGUCAAUCGGCACAUUAACCUCGCUCUUCACUUGUGCGGUCAACCCACGGGCAUCUCUCGGGAUCUCCAACGACGUGUGUGCCAGCCCUGUGGUCAACCUAGCUGCGACCAAAACCAUAGACGAGCUUGUCACCACUCUGGACCUCCAAAGCACCGCGCAACUCGUGCACCAGACCAUCACCAAGGGCUCCGCAGUGUACAUCAGCAGCUCCAUGGACUUUUUGCUCAAACAGCGAAGAACUGAACUUGAAAACGAACGGAGCGGGGCAAUGGAUGGCAAAAAAGCUAUGCUUUCUUAUGUUUGCCCGGUUGAAGCAAAAUGCACUGUUUCUUCGAGUCGCAAUUUUCCCAUAUAUCAGACCGACUUUGGGUUUGGGAGUCCCGUGUAUGUGAGGCCGCCAUAUUUGCCGUUUGAAGGGUGUCUGCGUAUUUGGCCGACUCCGCAGUCGCCGGGUGAUGGGCUGGCUAACAAGGAAGCUCCGUUGGAGGUUUAUUUGUCCCAGCCGGAUUACAUCAAUCUAUCAUUAUCCCCGAUUCUGCGCCCGUUUAUUGUAGAUCCAAGCAGUAAAUAAGUUUUGUUUUGUCUUAAUUUGCC